UCUCUCAUUGUAAUGAUUCUAUAGCUCUCCUCUCUCUCUCUCUCUAGUUUUUAUUUUUUAUUUUCAAAACAAACAAAAGCAAUCAAAAUUCACAGUUCUAAAACUGCAUACGCACUGUCUCUCUAAUAUCUAUGUUCAUAGCCUGAACACCUGCAUCUUAUUUUUUCUCUGUGUAUAUGUAAAAAUCUGCAAGUUCACAGAAGUGUUAGCAUAUGUAAAAGUCUUAUGUCUCAGAUCCCGAUAUAGGACUCUCUCUCUCUCUCUCACCCAUAACAAGAAAACUGCUUGCUUUUCUUCUUUUUCUACUCUUCUCUCUCCUCUUUCGCUCUAUAUCAACACACACAUAUAUCACCAUAGAGACCCUUUUGUGGUCCUCAACACUAACCCUGUUUUUUUACUUUCUUCACAUACCCACAUACCCUUUUAUAUACAUUUAUCUCUUCCACUACAUAACCCUUUACUUUGAUUCAUAUAUACACACACAUAAGACAGUGUUUGGUUGCUGAGAAAAUGCAAGAACAAGGUCUAGCCAUGAUGGGUGGUGGUGGCGGUGGAGGAAUUGGUGGUUUAACCGAUAUUUCGGUGUUUUCCGGCGCGCAAAACACCCAACUCAAGGCGGAGAUCGCCACAAACCCUCUCUACGAGCAGCUUCUCGCCGCCCAUGUGGCGUGCCUCCGUGUUGCCACGCCGAUCGAUCAGUUACCUCUUAUCGACGCUCAGCUUUCUCAGUCACACCAUCUUCUAAGGUCUUAUGCUUCUCAGCACCACCACCAUAACCAUCCUCUCUCUCCUCAUGAGAGGCAAGAGCUUGAUAACUUUUUGGCACAGUAUAUGCUUGUUUUGUGUUCUUUCAAAGAACAGCUUCAGCAACAUGUCAGAGUCCAUGCUGUUGAAGCUGUCAUGGCCUGCCGUGAAAUUGAACAGAACUUGCAAGUCCUCACUGGAGUUAGUCUAGGCGAAGGAACAGGUGCGACUAUGUCAGAUGAUGAGGAUGAGCUGCAAAUGGAUUUCUCACUAGAUCAAUUUGGUGGUGACGGACAUGACAUGAUGGGGUUUGGUCCUCUGAUUCCGACAGAAUCUGAAAGGUCUCUCAUGGACAGAGUUCGCCAAGAAUUGAAGGUCGAGCUCAAGCAGGGAUUUAGGUCGAGGAUUGAAGAUGUCAGAGAGGAGAUAUUAAGAAAAAGAAGGGCAGGGAAAUUACCGGGGGACACCACCUCAGUGUUGAAAAAUUGGUGGCAGCAACAUGCUAAAUGGCCUUACCCAACUGAAGAUGACAAAGCGAAACUCGUGGAGGAGACGGGCUUGCAGCUAAAGCAAAUCAACAAUUGGUUCAUCAACCAAAGGAAGCGAAACUGGCAUAGCAACUCGCAGUCGGUGACAGCUCUCAAGUCCAAGCGCAAAAGGUAGACAUGCAAUCCAUUGAUCUGAUUUGUUUCAACUGAAGAAUAGAGACUGAAGAGUACAGAGUGUGUCUGUAUAUAUAGCUUUCAUAUAGAACAUCCAUGGCAGACAUCUAGCCAACAAUGGUUUAAAAAAAAUUUAAAAAUUAAAAAAAAAAAAAAAAUGAAGUGGGAAAAUUGGUAGUUAGAUGAGUCUACAGAACAGGUACACAAUGUAGUGAUUGGUGUUUAGAAUGGUAUACUUGUUGUAAGGGUGUAAAUUUCUAUGUUCACAAGAGUGAAAACUAACAUAUUUGUUCUAUUAUGUUAACUUGCAGUAAUGCUAAGUGCACAAAAUUAGAACGUAAAAAGAGCACAUAAAAUGUAUUGUAUGGUUGACAUUUAUCUUCAUUGUGAUGUGGGCCACAGUUGAAAUAGUAUCUCAACCACACAAUACAUUUUUUGUGUUCUUUCUGUGUUCUAAUUCUGCACGAUUAGCAUUACUUCUAUUACUUGAGACACACUGUAAUUGAUUGAUAUAGCUUCUCACCUGCUAGUUUAUUUGAAUUUUUUGUGAUGUAUUGUAUGUCCAAUAUAAAUUUUGAAUUUGGAUUCUCAUAACAUGCUCUUGUUAAACCAAAUCAAAUUAAAUCUGUAUCCUGAUCAA